GCAGUUCAGUGCACGUGUGUCAGCCGAGAGAGGUGGAUGUGCCGGUCCUUCUCCGACCGCUCACAUGUCCCACGUUUAAGUGUACCAUAUAACGUAUAGAACCAUACACUAGAACCUCUUGUAAAAACUCCGAACAAAACACCCACGUGAUAAUCUUCCAUCAGUGGUAGUAACAGCACUGCACUCGACGUGCCCUCCUCUGCAUUACUGGAAAAUAUCUUUGCCCGAUGAUUUUAAAGACGAAACGAAAUACAGACCGUCCUAGAACUGGAUAUUCUAGUCCUCCUAACCAUGGUGGGGGAUAAGAACCAGUGUCUACGUCCCCAGUGAAAUAAACAUCUUCAGUGAGAGACAGAGAAAGAGAGAUACUUUCGCCCCUGCAGCAGUAGCUCCUGACGAAGGGUUGAGGUGGUGGCCUUCCCUCGCACAGGAGGAUGGGUUGGCAGGCGUGGUGGUGGUGGUGUGGUGGAGGGGGGGUGUCUGGUGGCGCCCAGCUGGUCCUGCUUGUUCAAGUUAUCCUCGCCUGGGUCGAUAUCACGGCAGGUGUUGUGGCCGCGCCUGAGUCACUGAAGGUCGCGGUGACUAAAGUGACAGGUGACGGGGCGGUGCUGAGUUGGGUCACGUCCUCUGGUCACAGGCAGGCCAUGAGCUCAUGCUCGCUCCACUAUGGCCCGGUGAAGGAGGCGAUGCACUUACAGACGGAGGUGAAGAUGAAGGAUCAACACAUCAGCCUGGCACGCCUCACCCCUCACACCACCUACUACGCCUUCCUCAGAUGCUCCCACGCCGCCUCCACCUACAACUCCAACAAAGUCCACUUCACUCCACAUGGAGACCCCGCCGUGGCCUUGGAGGUGGCCCCCGCCACCACAACCUAAACCAGAGAGGGGUGUCGUGGGCGUCAGGAGGAGGAAGGAAGGAGGGUGGUGGUGGGUCAGCUGAGGAUGGCGGCAUUGUGGUCAUGAUGAGUCAGAGGCACAUGGACGCCCCACGACGCGAUCCUCACAGUGCCGUGCCCACCACGG